AAGAUAUUAUUCUCUUAGGACGCAUUUGAAAUGUAGUAAAAAAUGGCUAUUGUUAAUUUUUUUAAAUUAUAUAAUAAUAUUACUAUUUACUUAAAUUAAAAAUUAAUGUUUUUAAUUGUUAGACGUGAAUUUUAUUUGUUUACAUAAAAUGAUACCACAACUUGAAUCUAAUGCGUUCGUAGUUAACAGGUCAAUUAGCGCGGAAAAUAAAGCAAUAUUAUAACGUGUGUUUACUUAAAAAGUGUUUAUUUUUAUAAUUUUUUUUUUUUUUUAAUUUAUACCUUAUUCAAAUAUGUCAUUAAACAAAUUGACCAUCUAAUGGCUGAGCCACUUGCAAUGAUGAAAAUACCAUCAACGAGCCAACGCUCGUAUUACUCCAUGAGGCGUCUGCCUCACGACCGUCACUGACAAAAUCAUGUUCAUUCGUUUAGCAUGUUGUCGUCUAUUGAGACACCGAAAGUUGAUCUACAUUUCUAUAUUCAUUUCAUUUCUUCUGUCCUUUGUGUAUGUAGUUGUUCUACCACAUGCAGUUAAGCUCCUCCAAAAACCUCCUAAAAUUCAAGAAGUCUAUCAGUAUGUUAUCCCCGAAGAUAGUCCGAUUGUUCCAACAAACUCUCGUUGUACAUUCUACGAUUGUUUCAAUAUAUACAGGUGUGGCCAUAAGUUUAAUGGAGAUUUUAAAGUUUACGUUUAUCCUAUGGCCAGACACGUUGACCAAGAUUUAAUACCUAUUGGGGGGAAAAUGUCCAAAGAAUAUCAUAACAUACUGAGUGCAAUAGUAGAAAGUCAGUACUAUACAAAUAAUCCGGAAGAAGCAUGUGUUUUUGUGUCAUCGAUCGAUACAUUAAAUCAAAACCGGUUUCGCGUGAAAGAAACAUCACAGGCCCUUGCAUUAUUACCACAUUGGAAUGAUGGUCAGAACCAUUUAAUAUUUAAUAUGGUACCAGGAACAGCACCAGACUAUAAAACUGUUGUUGAAUUGUCCAUUGGUAAAGCCAUGGUUGCUGGUGUGGGUUUUGAUUCUUGGACAUAUAGAUCAUCUUUUGAUAUUUCAAUAGCAAUUUACAGCAGCUUAGCAAUUUUUUUAAGUAAUAACUAUACCUUUAAAUACAGGACAACAUUUAUCACCACAGUUCAAACAAAUCUUCAUAAUGAUUUCAUUACUUCUUUGAAAUCAAUUGAGAAACAAAAAUCAAUGAUUAGAGUUAUAGAACCUUGCUCACAUAGUGGACAAAACAAAACAAUAGUUUGCCAUAAAAAUAUUACUUAUAACUAUGCAGAUAUUUUCACUGACAGUGUGUUUUGUUUGAUAUUACCUGGUCCACGGUUAAUGGAUACAGUUUUAAUUGAUGCACUGGCUGCAGGAUGUAUACCAAUAGUAGCUAUUAAUCAUGUUGUAUUACCAUUUUUUGAAGUUAUAGACUGGAAAAGAGCCAUAAUUAUGUGGAGUGAAACUGAAUUGAAUACUUUACUAGACGUAGUUUCUGGUAUUCCUUUGGACCGACGAAAAGAUAUGUCAGCUCAAGGCCGUUGGCUAUAUCAGACAUAUUUAUCAUCGUUACAAAUAAUUACCAUGACUACUCUUAAGAUACUAAGCCAAAGACUACAUCCACAUAGUUCAGAUUUUUAUGAAAAUUGGAAUUUAAGACCAAAUCCUGUAUCUGCUAGAAAUCCAUUAUUCCUUCCAUAUAUGUCAGAUUCUUCAGGAUUCACGGCAAUAAUAUUAUCUUAUGAUAGAAUAGAUAGUUUGUUUACACUAAUAAAUAUGAUCAGUAAAGCACCAAGUCUGCAAAAGAUUAUUGUUGUUUGGAAUAAUCAAUUAAAAUCUCCACCACAUUUUUCAGAGUGGCCAAAAAUUGAUGUAUCUCUCAAGGUUGUACAAACAACAGCAAAUAAACUAUCAAAUAGAUUUUUCCCAUAUAAAGAAAUUGAAACAGAAGCAAUUUUAUCUCUUGAUGAUGAUAUACUUAUGUUGACUUUAGAUGAAAUUGAAUUUGGAUUUCAGGUUUGGAAAGAAUUUCCUGAUCACAUAGUAGGUUUUCCAUCUAGAACUCAUGUAUGGAAUAAUAAAACUAAUACUUGGAAAUAUGAAUCAGAAUGGAAAAAUGAAAUAUCCAUGGUAUUGACUGGAGCAGCAUUUUACCAUAAAUAUUGGAAUCAAGCUUACACAUAUAUCAUGCCUAAUAAUAUCAAACAAUGGGUUGAUGAAAAUAUGAACUGUGAAGAUAUUGCAAUGAACUUUUUAGUGUCUAACACUACAAACAAAGCUCCAAUUAAAGUAACUCCUAAAAAGAAGUUUAAGUGUCCGCAAUGUAAAAACACUGAAAUGUUAUCAGCCGACCAAGGACACAUGGCUACAAGAACAUCAUGUGUGAACAUGUUUGCCGCUAUUUAUGGUAGAAUGCCGUUAAAGACUGUGGAGUAUAGAGUUGAUCCAGUUCUGUAUAGAGAUAUAUUUCCAAAAAAAUUGAAGAGAUACAACAAUGUUGGAGAAUUGUGAUCAUUAUUGUGCUAUAUCGACUUUUGAGACUUUUGAUCAAAUCAUGUGACAUUUAUUAUUUUAAGUUUUUUAUUCUUUGUUUCUUUUUUUUCCAUCAUAAUUUUAAAGUCAAUCUAUAAUAUAUUAAAUGUUUAUUAUUAUAUAUUUUAUUAAUAUAUUCAAUCGAUCAACAUUAGAUAUUAUUUAAAAUUUGUAAAUGAAUUAAUUUUAUGCAUUAUUGUAUUUUAAUUUUAAUGAGUUUAGCAUUUAUAGACUUAUGUUACCAUUAAGAUUUAUUUUAUUGAUAUUAUAACAUUUUUUUUAUUUAAAAAGAAUACAUAGCCUUACUUUCCUUGUUGGUUGUAUCAUUGAAAUAAUUCAUUUGUUAUUUAUUUGAAUGUUUUUAGUUGUGUAUAUUUUUUUUACAUAAUACCAUGGUAAUUCCUGUCUCAAUUAUUCAGCCAUCACUAGAUUGUUUUCCUAUUUUAUACAAUAUGUUAUUUAGAUUAUUUAGAUAAUAAAUUGUUUUUAAUUUGUUUUUGAAGAACUGUGUUAUAUUUAAUCAGCAUAAAUAUGUAAUUAUAUAUGAAUGAAACAAAAACGACUUAUGUAAUAAAUAAUAUAAUACAAUAAUUUUAAAAUUGUAAAUGUCAUUCCAUGUAAACUAUCACAAACUUAAAAUGAGUAUUUGUACAGGUUUAAAUUUUUUUAUAAUUAGGCUAUUAUUGUUUUAAAAAUGUUUUUAUUUAUGUUUAAGAUUAUAUUGUUGAAUAAUUUGUAAACAAGACUAAAUAUUGGCCAUGAGAAAUAUAUUAUAAUAUAUUUUAGCAAAAAAUGUAAGUUAAAAAUUUAAUACAGAACAAUUGUUUUUU